AUGGGGAACAUGGACGGGAAAACCGUGGAGGAGCUGAGCACCACCGAGUGCCACCAGUGGUACAAGAAGUUCAUGACAGAGUGUCCUUCUGGCCAGCUCACCCUCUACGAGUUCAAACAGUUUUUUGGCUUGAAAAACCUGAGUCCGGCAGCGAACAAAUACGUUGAGCAAAUGUUUGAGACGUUUGACUUUAAUAAGGAUGGCUACAUAGAUUUCAUGGAGUAUGUGGCAGCUCUGAGCCUGGUGCUGAAGGGGAAGGUGGACCAGAAGCUCAGGUGGUAUUUCAAGCUCUAUGACGUGGAUGGCAAUGGCUGCAUCGACCGGGCUGAGCUGCUGAACAUCAUCAAAGCCAUUCGAUCCAUCAACCGCUGCAACGAGAAGAUGACGGCAGAGGAGUUCACAGACAUGGUGUUCAACAAAAUCGACAUCAACGGAGACGGCGAGCUGUCCCUGGAGGAGUUCAUGGAGGGCGUGCAGAAGGACGAGAUGCUGCUGGACAUCCUGACGCGCAGCCUGGACCUGACCCACAUCGUGAGGCUGAUCCAGAACGACGGCAAGAACCCCCACGAGGGCGGGCAGGACGCCCAGGAUGCCCAGUAG